AUGACUUCCACCAAUGACACCCAGUUCCAUCCCCCCUUCUUUCACCUGCUAGGAAUCCCAGGACUGGAAACUGUCCACAUCUGGAUUGCUUUCCCAUUCUGCAUCGUGUACCUGAUUGCCCUCGUGGGGAACAUCACCAUUCUUUUUGUGAUCAAGACCAAACACAGUCUCCACCAGCCCAUGUUCUACUUCCUGGCCAUGCUGUCUAUGAUCGAUCUGGGUCUGUCCACAUCCACCGUCCCCAAAAUGCUGGGCAUCUUCUGGUUCAAGUUCCAAGAGAUCAGCUUUGGGGGCUGCCUUGCUCAAAUGUUCUUUAUCCACAUGUUCACAGGCAUGGAGACUGUUCUCCUGGUGGCCAUGGCUUAUGACCGCUUUGUUGCCAUCUGCAACCCUCUCCAGUACACCAUGAUCCUCACGCAUAAAACCAUUGGCAUCCUGGCCUCUGUUGUUGUUGGAAGAAACGUCAUUCUGGACUCCGUGUUUCUCAUCCUGAGGCUGCCCUUCUGUGGGCAUCACAUCAUCCCUCAUACGUACUGUGAGCACAUGGGUCUUGCCCGGUUGGCCUGCGCACUCAUCAAGGUCAACAUUAUCUAUGGGCUCAUGGUGAUUUCCAACAUCAUUGUGGAUGUGAUCCUGAUUGCCUCCUCCUAUGUGCUUAUCCUUCAAGCUGUUUUCCGCCUUCCUUCUCGGGACGCCCGACUAAAGGCUCUCAGUACCUGUGGUUCUCAUGUCUGUGUCAUGCUGUGCUUUUACACACCAGCAUUUUUUUCUUUUAUGAUGCAUCGUUUUGGUCGAAACAUUCCCCGCUAUAUCCACAUCCUUUUGGCUAAUCUAUACGUGGUUGUCCCACCUGCCCUGAACCCAGUCAUCUAUGAAGUCAGGACCAAGGAGAUCCGAGAGAGGGUUGUGAAGAUAUUUGUACAGAAAUAA